UGUGGGUAUCCUCGAAAGGUGUUUUGACGGUCGGUGACCAACAGGUGACCUGCUCGGAGCCCCGCGGGUUACCCCCAUGUGUGAAUCCCAGAGGUAUCCUGUGCGGCACUUGGGGGAAACAAUUUGCAGGGGUCAAUUUUCGGAUGAACAAGCGCGUGUCCCUCACGCGCCAUGCGCACGCGCAGCUCGUGCGGCGCCGCCAGCAGCAGCAGCAGCAUCGGCCUUCCGCCGCCGUCGUUCACGGCGGCCCUGACGGCGCCUCGUUCGCCUCGUCCAUCGGCUUCCCCCUCGUCCGCCCCUCUUCCUCUGACGGCGCCACCACCGCCGCUGCUGGUGCUGCCAUACUGGCGAGCGGCGGGCCGAUCAAGUACCACGGGGGCCCAGUGGUGGUGGGCGCGCCGACGGUGAACGUGUACCACAUCUACUAUGGCAGCUGGGGCGCCAACUCCGGCAAGGACCUCAUCGACUCCUUCGUCACGGCGCUCAGCAGCGAGUCCGGCGCGCAGGGCGCGCAGGGGGAGGCGAGCGUGAAGGGGUGGUGGGCCAUCAGCGCCAGCUACUUCCAGUCCAGCGGCGGCGCCAAGAAGAACGUCAGCUCCAAGGUCCGCCUGGCGGGGACAGUGGCUGACAGCUACUCGCGCGGCAAGCAGCUGUCCGACGAUGACGUGCUCGCCAUUGUGAAGAGCAAGGUGGGGCCGGGCAAGCCCUUCGCCCUGGACGCCCACGGCAUCUACGUGCUGCUCACCAGCGCGGACGUGACGCUCUCCUCGGGCUUCUGCUCGCAGUACUGCGGGUGGCACACGCAGGACUUCCUCAACUCCUCCCCCCUGCGCUACGCCUUUGUGGGCCACCACGGCCAGUGCCCCGACGCGUGCGGCGUGGAGAGCACGUCCCCGAACGGCAAGCCCGCCAUCGACGCCACCAUCUCCACGCUGGCGCACGAGAUCACGGAGGCUGCCACGGACCCCGACGUGAAUGCGGGGUGGUUCGACGCGCAGGGCGAGGAGAACGCGGACCUGUGCUCGUGGAGCUAUGGCAGCACCAAGACGGGCACCCAGCAGAGCGGGCAGACCUACCGCUACAACCUCGUGGGGCUCAACGGCUGUCGCUUCCUCGUGCAGCUUAACUGGGACUGUGCCCAGCAGAAGUGCGUCCUCCAGAACGCCCUCCCCAGCGAUGGCAGCGGCGGCGGUGGGCCGACGCCUUCCCCUCCCCCUCCUCCCCCGACCGGGGGGAGCAUGAAGAUGAGCUGUCAGUGCACCUGCGCCAGCGCCAGCAACCCCAUGGACUGCCAGUGCUCCUGCACCAAGACCGCGUGACUAGGGGGGGACAAAGAGCGCCACAUGGUUGAUGUGGGAGGUGGGGCGGGUGUGAAUUAGGAUCCUGGGACACCUCUCCUUGUCCAUGCCUAUUUCCUCUAUACGUUUUUCCAUGUGUUGCUGCCAACCAGGCCCUCAGAUUCGUUUGGACCCCCCUGAUUGCCUAGAACCACCUACAAAAUAAAACUUUCGGGCAGUGUGGCUGACCGCUUUCCCCCUGAUUUGACAGA